UCAGUUGGUCUUCUCAGAAUGGAAAUAACUCGUGAUAAUAAGAAAAUAUUAUUCUAACGUAAUUUGAAAGUCGAUUUAUAUUCAGAGUAUUUUAUAUAUUGUUGGUCAAAAGAUACGUUUAUCGUGUUCACAAACGCCAAAGAAUUAAGUAUAAAAACUGGUAAAUUGUGUUUGAACUCAGAUAACAGUUUGUUAGAAAAUUUUUCAAAAGUAUAAAAUAGUAUAGAAGAACAAGGAAAAUAAAGCUAAAAUGCCGAAAAGAAAUAGUAAACAAGUCAACAACAAAAAGCAACUAGAAGCAACUGAGGAAAAAAAAAUGGCCGAUGGAAAUAAUUUGAUCGAAUUUUCCAAUGAUAAUAAUGAUCCAGUCAAACUUCGUUGUCUAGUUCAGGAAUUACAAAAUUCUUUACAACAAGUUCAAUUAAAACUCAAUGAACGGGACCGUCUUGUUGUAAAUCAAGAGAAACGAAUUAUUGCUUUGUCAGAUCAAGUUUUAUCGUUGAAAGAAGUUAUUACACUAACGAAAAAUAUGCUCGAGAUUCGAAAUACGGAAGUCAAACAUCUUCAGGAUGACAUUAACGGCAUGGAAACAAAAAUGUCAGGAGAACGUUCGAGACACAACGACAUGAUGAAAAAAAUGGAUGCUGCUGUCACACUUAAUGCAACACUGAAAAACGAGUAUGAAACUCAACUACAUCUAUUUCAAGAAUUACGCGGAAAGUACGAAGAGAAAAUUGACUUACUUUUGACAGAAAAUAAAAAUACACAUGACUAAAAUAGAAUAUAUAAAAAUAAAAAAUUUAUGUAAAAAAAACUCGUUGAAGUACUUUUUCUGUGGUCUCAACAGUUUGUCCUAUAAGUUUUAUUUCAACAAACGACCUUAAAUAAGUAAAAAGUGUUAGAAGUGCUUCCCGUCCUGGAAAGAAAUACAUUUUCUUUAGUAAUUAAAAGUCCUGGUGUACAGGCAGCUGACUACCGUAUUCGGGAACAUUUUUUUUCUAAUUUUUGACUUGGAAUAGUACUUUGUGAUACAAGUGCAUAAAAUAGGACUUAGUCAAACGCGGUGAGUGAUACCCGAGACAGAGUGGAAACAUAAGCAAAAGGCGCCUCGAGGCGGAGGCGGAGGCGAGAAUAAAAAAAAGAAAAAAAGCGAAAAGAAAAUCAAAAUGAUAAAAAAAAAAAAAAAUAAUAAUUUAAUGAAGUAAAUUUUUUUUCAACCUAAAAAAAAAUGACAACAAACAAAAUCAAUUUUGUUCAUUGGAUCAAAAUUUAAUCUCAUAUUAUUAUAAUAGCACCAAAAUAUUUUUUUAUUUAUUUAUUUUAUAGUCAUCAAAAUCAUCAAACAAUUAAAUCUACAACAACUUUUUUUAAUUUUUUUUUGUAUAUCAUUUCCACUUGUGUUUGUGUCAUCACUACUAUAUUCACUACUUUCUUCAAUUAUAUGAUUCAUUUUAAUUAAUACAGCUAUAUUUUAUUAUCAGUAUCAAUUUUUUUUUUAUAAACAACAUCAACAAGUUGCAACAGGUCCAAGCAUGUUAUGUCAAAUAUUACGUAAACUGAUACACACACACUAACACACACACAAAAUGCAGUCAGAUGAAAUAGAAUAGUUGAAGUUGUAUCACAUCAGAUGGAGCAACCUCAUAAUUCUAAUUACUUUACAAGAAAAACUAACUCUAGUGAUUAAAAAUACCUAGGAAAGCAACUUAGUAGCCUAAAUAAAACAACUUAGCAGCCUAAAUAAAGCAACUUAGUAGCCUGGGGACAUUAUGAGUGCGUGUUAGCCGAAAGAUGGGGUAAAGUAUCACUUUGUGAACGCAAACGCGUGGAAUAAAGUAGGGUAAAAUAUGCCUCAG